UUUUCAUUGCAUUGUUUCCAAGAUGGGCAUUCAAUUGAUGGGUUUAUCCCAAGCAAAGCAAAAGCUUCAAAGAAGUCUAUCGGCGAGAAUUGCGAGCCUCUUGGCCACCUCAGGCACUAACAACGUACCAAAGGGUCAUGUCGGGGUUUACGUGGGGGAGAAAUACGGGGAGAAGAAGAGAUUCAUGGUCCCGAUAUCGUAUUUGAACCAUCCUUUGUUCCAAGAUCUGUUAAACCUGGCCGAGGAAGAGUACGGAUUCGAUCAUCCAAUGGGAGGCCUCACGAUCCCUUGCAGUGAAGAUCACUUCACAGGAAUUGCUUCUGCUCUAAGUGGUUCAUAAGGAGAGACCGAUUUAAUGCAACCUCACAUUGAAUUAAACUCCCUUAAUUUGGUGCAUCAUAGUUAGUUAUUUAGGGUUUUCUUUUUCUGUAUUCCUAAUAACUCGGGAUGGGACUGCAAGUGAGUCUCUUCAGUUUUGGAUCCAAGAGAGAUGAUCCCAUGAGUUCUUUAACCAUUCAAUUCGUAAAGAAUUCAG